AAAAAAGGGCCAUAAUUAGAUGUGCAACAUAUUGUCAGUGUUGUGUUUUUAAUUGGCCGUGACCCUUGGGGAUUGCAAGGUGUUUGGUUGGGGAAGUAAUUGAAGGUGAAUUAACCCAUUCAGGUGUGUUGACCUGCUGUUGACUCAUCAGUUGCGUGUGAACUGUUGGAGCGAACUAAAAACAGAUUGCAGUCCAGUUACAGAGGUUUCGACAAUAUCUCAACCUGUGUUUGAAGGCUCAAGAGGUGUAGAUCAUGUUGGACAUGUGGAAUUACUGAAUUUUCAUUAAACAGAUUUAUAGGAAUAUUGUUUUUGAUAAUAUUUUUUCCAGUUUGAGGCACGAUGGAGCACCUCACGCCAGAGCAAUGGCGCGAGAUUGUGAACAAAAAGAUGCGCUUUCCCCCGGAGCUCAUCAGCGCCAUUCACGAGGGCAACGUGUCUGUAAUCCGUAGCCUGCUGAAGACUGGCGAUGGCAUCAUCCGCCAGCUGGAAGACUCAGAAGACAGGCAGUGGAGAGAAGCGCUGAACCUGUCCAUCCGCUUGGGCAAUGAGGACGCCAUGGUUACUCUGCUACAUGGAGUCAAGUUUGAUUUCCGACAGAUCCAUGAGGCUCUUUUGGUGGCUGUCGACACUAACCAGCCACGUAUUGUGAAGCGCCUCCUCGACCGGCUCGAUCAAGAGAAGGGCAACAAGAUGGAUGUGCACUCUUUCAACCAGGCCAUUUUUGACCAUUCCAUUGAUGACUCUCAUUUUGCCCCCGGGGUGACGCCCUUGACGCUGGCCUGCCAGAAGGAUCUAUAUGAAAUUGUGACCAUGCUCACACAGAAGGGCCAUGUCAUCCCAUGGCCUCACAAGGUCUCCUGUACUUGUCUUGAGUGCCGGAAUGGGCGCCAGUAUGACUUGCUCAAGUUCUCACUGUCACGCAUUAACACCUACCGUGGCCUUGCCAGCCGGGCAUACUUGUCCAUCACUGCUGAGGAUGCCAUGUUGAGUGCUUUUUAUCUAAGCCGGGACCUUCGCAAACUCUCCAAGAGGGAGCCGGAGUUUAAGCCGCAGUACCUUGCACUCGAGGAGCUGUGUCAGGAGUUUGCCGUGGAAUUGCUGGGAAUGUGCCGGAAUCAGAGUGAGGUCACAACCAUUCUCAACAGUUGUGGGUUUGAAGAUCCCAACAGUCGAGAUGAGCUGGAUAAGCACUCGUUCGAAGAGGGCAUACCAAACCUGGCCCGAUUACGACUCGCUGUGAACUACAACCAGAAACAGUUCGUAGCCCACCCAAUUUGCCAGCAGGUUCUUUCAUCCAUCUGGUCUGGAAACCUAUCUGGCUGGAGAGGCAGCAGGACGGCCUGGAAACUCCUGGUGUCUCUGGGGAUCUUUAUCACCAUGCCUUUCCUCUGCCUCAUCUACUGGAUUGCACCAAAGUCAAAGGUGGGAAAGAUUUUGAAAAUUCCAGUGAUCAAAUUCAUCCUUCACUCUGCCUCCUACUUGUGGUUCCUCAUCACACUGUUAGCGGAAUCCAUUAUCAUGGAGAUGUUUCGUGACGUGUCUUCAACCAGGCACCAGACCAUAUUGCACAACUCUAUCCACAUGGUGUGGGUGGCUGGGUUUUUCUGGUUUGAGUGUAAGGAGGUCUGGAUCGAGGGCCUGAGGAGCUACUUCCUGGACUUGUGGAAUUUUCUGGAUAUGAUGGUGCUCAGCAUGUAUCUGGCCUCUUUUUCCCUGCGAGUGGUCAUUCUGGUUAAAGGCUACAUUCUGUGCCAGUCACCAGAAAAUGCAGAGGACUGUUUCUACUUUACCCAAUCUGCACGUGCAGACUGGCAUCAGGAGGAUCCUCAGCUAAUAGCUGAAGUGCUCUUUGCUGUUACCAGCAUGCUGAGUUUCACACGUUUGGCCUACAUCCUGCCUGCACAAGAGUCUCUGGGAACUCUGCAGAUCUCUAUGGGAAAGAUGAUUGAUGAUAUGAUAAGGUUCUUGUUUAUAUUGAUGAUCAUUGGUACAGCCUUUUUGUGUGGCAUCAACAAUAUCUACGUUUCUUACGUCAACUCUAAUUACCUUGGAAGGUUUAAUGAGACCUUCCAGUUCCUGUUCUGGACAAUGUUUGGUGUUGUCAAUAAGGAAUAUGUGGAUAUGCCUGAUUAUGUUUUGGCUGAGUUUGUGGGCAGAAUCCUGUAUGGGAUCUUCACACUACUGAUCGUCAUUGUGCUACUGAACAUGUUCAUUGCUAUGAUCACAAACUCUUAUCAGAAGAUUGAGGAUGAUGCGGAUGUGGAGUGGAAAUUUGCUCGCUCCAAACUCUACCUGAGCUACUUCAGGGAGGGACUCACGAUGCCUGUCCCCUUCAACAUCAUUCCCUCACCAAAAGCUUUCUUCUACCUCGUACGAAAGCUCUGCUGCUGUUGUAACUUUAAUUCGACCCCGGACUAUCCACCCAUCAGCUCUGUGCAGUCUAUUGAGACAGAUGAGAAGGUGUCAUACAGAAAUCAGGUGAUCCGGGCUUUAGUGCAGCGCUAUAUUGAAUCUGCCAGGAGAGAGUUUGAAGAGACGAAGCGCAAAGAUGUUGGAAACCGGGUCACAGAGCUGAGUAAAGUGGUUGGACACCUGCACAGCGAGAUGAAGCAAAUUCACCAGACGCUGUUAGACAUAGAGGACAACCGGGAUCCUUCAGGACGAAGCACUUCCUCCAUCUUAGGGAAGUACAUACAGGGUGCCAAAAACAACUUCCGCGACUUUAACGUCAUGCCAUCAGAAAGCAAAAGUGCCCCUUUGCUGGCCAACGUCCACCAUCCGAAAUCUGAAGAUGUAGGCGAUGUGAACGGAGGGGAGAUAAAAGACACGGCUGAGACUGUUGAAGGUAAGAUAGAGGAGGAGGGAGCAGGUGAUGAGAUCAGGGAACAGGAGAGUAAAGAUCAGACUGGUGAUGGAGACAAGGUAGAGGAGGACGGAGCCAGUGAUGAGAUCAGGGAAGAGGAGAGUAAUGAUCAGGCUGUGGUUGAAGAUGAAACAACGAAGAUGGAGGAGGGGAGAGCCAAUGAAGGAAAAGAAGAAUCUCUCACCGGCAGCAGUGCCUCUCAGGACACCGGGUUUGGUUCUGAAGAAUCAGAGCUCUCCGCUAGCAGUCCUGAGUAACUGUACCAAAUUUCUCCCUGGAUUCAUUCUGAACUACACUAGCUGUUAGAAACUAAGCAGCCUGCGAAAUAUCCCUUUUAACAUCUUAGAAACAGUUCUGUAACUAAAAGCGACUCUGAAAUUGUAGUUCAUACAUUUUUGUAAAUCUGUCAUUUGUGAACCAGAUUUUGCGUACACUCCUCAUGUGACUUUUGGAAAUCCAGACUCCCGAAUUUGAUCAUGAGCUCAGGUUACUGUGUGUGUAGAGUUUCUGUGCAUGUUCUCCCCAUGUCCACUGAGUUUCCUCCCACUUCCCCCUCAAAAACAUUGUCCCUAUGUGUGAAUGAGUGUGUGAAUGCAUGGUGACGUGUGAUGGACUGGCACCCCAUCACUGGUGUAUCCUGUUCCCGUUAUUGGCUUCGUUAUUGUGAUGAAACUUUUAAGCGCUGCCCCUGCUGCUGUCUAUAUCCACAAACUUUAAAUAUUCUUUCAAAUAAUCACAGUCUGCAGUUAAAAUCCUCAUAGCAUAUUUAAUUAAUAAUUUACUUCCAAUCUCUAAUUUAGGUAACAGGAUUGUAUUUUCAGAGUGAAAAUUCAUUAUCACAUUAUCACUGAAAAUAAAGGAAAAAAGAAUGAAACCUUUUUCUUAUUCCCAUGAUUUUCUGGAAGUUCAGAUGAUGCACCUUCCUACUGAACAUGUGACUUAUGGAAUGUUCCAAGUAUUUCAUAGGGGUGAACAUGUUCAGAUAACAGAAUUGAGUGAAUGAAGUUGGACACUUAACAUUUUUUAUAACCUAUAAUGGGUGAUUCUGGCAAAUAUUUUAAAUGCUGUAAAUAGUUAUUUAUCUGAAGACUGCUUUGAGCUGACAGGAAGUCUACGGUAACUCGAACCACUCUUUACAACCAUGGUGAUCAGAAAAGCAUAACUGUAGCUUCUGCACUGUAGCUUCAGGUUCCACUCUUGUCAGCUAAGAACAGGAAUCUGAAGUCUAAGCAUGUGCUACAACAGCUAAGAACAGUCUUCUGCUGUCGUAGCACAUGAACUUGCAAAUCUCAAACAUCGUUGCAUUUAUGACAGGAAAGUGUAUGUGUGUAUAAACUCACUGUACUUGCACAUCCAAUAAAAAAAAAUUGAAGCAACUAAUAUUGCUCAAGCUGUCUUUACAACCAGUUAAACAUCUAGCUCUAACUGUCUACAUAUUCAUUCUUACAUAUUCUAUUCUUACAGUUCAUUUUAAAGAAAUAUAUUUCCUUAAGUCAGUUACUAAUCUGUCAUGGUUACACUUCAAAUAGGCUUACAGUAACCUUUUUUUUUUUUUUUCCUCCAAUUACUUAAAAGCAUUUUACAUUUACAUAAACAAAUCUCCAUGCACAGUGUAAACUUACUCUGCCUUCCCCCCUUCCCCUCUAACCCAUGAGUGGUUACAAGAUUUUUUUUAAGUGAGCUGUAAUUUGUCCCCACGGCCUGUGCAGGUUGCAGCUUGCUCAACACCUGUUUGUGCGACACGGCCGGCCUGUCCCAUAAGAGUCCCUUGGCGUUUCAAUGAUUUGCCACCUGGGGCUUCUCAGCGCACUUGCUUUGUGAGAACACACCUGUGAUCCUGCUUUAAUAAUCAACAUGCAUGAGUACCAAGCUGUUAUUUUCACAUACAAGAU